AACGCACGCGGCGUAUGUUGUCUAUCUCUUUGGUUAACUUUAUUUAUGCUAUAUUUUAUAUUUUAUUGACACAUUUGAAAGUGAUUGUGAAUUGUUUUUUUAUAGUUAUAGUCCAAGAUGAAACUGAUGAUCAUAGCAGCGCUGGCGCUGCUGUCGCCAGCACUAGGCUACAGGAUCCUGGCCAUAUUCGCCGUGCCUUCCAAAAGCCACGACCAUCUGGGGCAGGGCGUUGUGGGAGCCCUACUGAAAGCUGGCCAUGAGGUGACAUGGGCGACUCCGUACCCUAAGAAAGAGGCACAGAAGGGCCUCACAUUAAUCGACGUCAGUGAAACUACGGAGGUUAUUGGACACGUUGACCCGCUGAAGAUGCGGCACAUGAGUAUCGGCAGGUUGAGGGAUUUCGGACGGAACAUCUCCAUCGCCGCCGCCUCCAACAAGGCGGUCCAGCAGGCGUUGAUGGAAAAAUAUGAUGCUGUGGUCACUGAGGUCUUUUUCUCCGAUCUGCAGGCUGGCUUCGCAGCAGUCCUCCAAGUUCCUUGGAUAGUGCUGAGCGGCACAGUCUUCCACGCUGGAGUGGAAUCGAUGGUGGCAGAUAUUGGCAGCAGCAUGGCUCUGGUGCCUACCAUGAUGAGUGACUACCCGAUACCUAUGAAUCUGUGGCAGCGUAUGGCAAACACUGUUAUAGUUGGGAUGAUGGCGGCCGGGCGUUUGUGGGACAUAUCAGUGAGCGAGAAGUACUAUCUCGAGAUCUUCGGGCCCCUCGCCCAGAAGAAGGGCAUCGUCCUUCCCCCUUAUUCCCAGGCCAUCCACAAUAUCUCCAUCCUGCUCUCCAACUCGCACCCAUCCCUGGCGCCGGCGGUCAGUGUGCCUCCUAAUGUGGUGGACAUCGCUGGGUACCAUAUUGCUGAUCACCACACGCCGCUACCCAAGGAUCUCCAAGACCUGAUGGACAACUCCAAGAACGGCGUCGUAUACUUCAGCAUGGGUUCCGUCGUCAAAGCAUCAGCACUUCCGGAGCAGACCAGGAAGGACCUGAUAAAGAUCCUGGGAGCCCUGCCUUGCACGGUGCUGUGGAAGUUUGAGGAGCCUCUACAGGGGCUGCCGAAGAACGUCCAUAUAAGGCCGUGGAUGCCGCAACCUGCUAUAUUAGCGCACCCAAACACCAAGCUCUUCAUCACCCACGGCGGCCUCCUCAGCACCCUCGAAGCUAUCCAAGCCGGAGUGCCUCUCCUGGCCGUGCCCGUGUUCGGCGACCAGCCCGGCAACGCCGUGAGAGCGCAGCGCGCCGGGUACGCGCUCGCCGUGCCCUUCGCGCCCGAUAUGGGGGAUAGACUGAAGGUGGCGCUGGAUAAGAUGCUUUCAGACAAUAGCUACUACAAGAAAGCUAAGGAACUAUCACGGCUAUUUAACAACCGGCCUGUGUCUUCCGCCAAGCUCAUAGCGCACUACGUGGAGCUCGCCAUUGAGACCAAAGGUGCACUACAUCUACGCUCCCCCACGUACCAAUACGCGUGGUACGAACGCUACAUGCUCGACCAACUUGCCGUGGUCUUAAUAUCGCUGUAUGUGGCCGUCAAAUUGGUCAAAUACGUCCUGAAGAGGGCGCUGAACUCAAUAUUUGGAAAGCCCGCUAAGAAGGAAGGAAAGAAAGUUAAGAAGAAUUAAGAAUGUGUUAUUUAGACAAAAAUUAAGUGUGAAGAUGUAAGCUCAAAAGUUGAAUGAUUUUACUCAGGUUUUACCUUUUAAGAAGUUGUAAAUACCAUUAAAAUACCAAAAGGAGUAUUAUUGUCGUAGUCGACAUCUAGCGUCAAAUAGCGGCAUUAACAGUACUGCUCCUCGACAAUAGAUGUCGCGUAGAACGGAAAGUCUAAUGCUCAACGAUUUUCAGUUAAUAUUAUAACCGGAUUAACCGAAACUCUAUUUUUAACUCUUUCUGCUUAUAAUAUUAGUUGUAAAUUGUUGAGCAAUACACUUUUCGCAGUCGCGACACAAGUGACAUCUAGUGCCGAGUAGUAGUACUGAUAAUUCCGCUACUUGACGCUAGAUGUCGACUACGAAAAUAAUAAUCUUUUGGGUCGGCAACGCGCAUGUAAUAUAUCUGGUGUUGCAGGCGUCCAUAGGCUACGGUGACUGCUUACCAUCAGGCGGGCCGUAUGCUUGUU